AUGGUCAAAAUUGCAAGCGCACCAGUGGCAUUCAAGUCAGAUUAUCAGCGGACGGUUGCGCUAAGUCUAGCGGAAGCUGAGUUUAUGGCUCUCAGCCUUUGCACGCAGGAAAUUCUUUGGAAGCGGGCAAUGCUCAGAGACAUGGGACACGAGCAAGUUGAAGGAACACAAGUUUGGGAAGACAACCAAGGUGCGAUCGCGUUAGCCAAUAAUGCUGGAUAUCACGCUAGGACGAAGCAUGUGGAGAUCAAGCAUCACUUUAUUCGCGAGAACGUGCCAGGAGGACUGUUGAAGAUCGACUAUAUUGACACGAAGAGUCAGCUUGCGGAUAUGCUGACGAAGGCACUUAAAACUAAGGUGCUAAAGUAUCUACGCGAAGCCUCCGGAAUCAAGGUCAAAUCAGCGACAAAGCACACGCAGUAUUAG